GCCAACCGAUCCCGACAGGCAGCUAUCCGUAUGCCGGCUCCCAAGCAAUGGGAAACCCGGGCAUGGGCAUGGGCAUGGUUGGCCCUCCGGGUCCACAGCACCAGCCGUACCCGGGCACGGAGCCCGCUGCGACCGAGCGGAGCCCCUCGUCUCGCUACGAGUGCAGCUAUUGUGGCAAGGGGUUUACUCGUCCGAGUAGCUUGAAGAUUCACCUCAACACUCACACGGGAGAGAAGCCAUUCACAUGUCCGUACGAAGGCUGUGGCCGUAGCUUCAGCGUUCAGAGCAACAUGCGCCGGCAUGCGCGGGUGCAUACGCGCGGGUCAGAAGCGACGGGCGUCGAUCUGGACGAAAUGAGCGAAGGCUCGCAGGAGGAGUACCCGUCUUCGGAAGGCUCCUCGCCCAACUCGCAGAAGUCUCGCACCAAGUGAGGCGCGGCGGACCUCUGCCCAAUAGGCGCCCGUCGCUACCACCGUCGUCGUCGCGCAUCUCCUUCUGCCUGCUGCUACGCGCCUCUCGGUCCGCCAGCCAGUCCUCUGCAUUUUGCCGCCCUCGGUCCGCCAGCGCAACCCUCAUUCCAGUCCUCCGGUCUCCCUUUAUCCGCGCCCUCUCAUGACCGUCAUAUCUUGGACACCGGAAACCUAUUCAGAAGAUUUCAAGACUAUCAUUAUCAUUAUUCGCUUCGUGUCAUCUCAUCACGCAUUUCUUCGGAUCUCCACAUAUUUAUUUCGCUAUCGUUGCACAUCGCAUUGUACACUACGCAUUGUUGAUCCAACCCUCUUCUCAACCGUUCAGUUCUUCUCAUGUUUGGUUGUUUGGUCCUCUGGAUCCGGAACGGAGUCUAUUCCCCUUCUCUGUUUCGUCAUAUUUAUUCAGAUCUCGCACUGCCGACGACCAUUUGGGAUUGACUCUUUGACGUUUGAAUUGUUCCUCUUCCAUCCGCAUCUACUGCACGGGCAUCCACUUCCAUUCUUGCUCGGCGCAUGCAGUGCGACAUAUUUAUUCCAGGCACGCCCGCUCACGCUCGUUCACGUCACCAUCGCAUCCAGCACCCACACACUCGUUCGAUACUCAUCGUCACCAUCCUGUACACCAUUUGCUCGCACGACACUCGCUCUCUAUUUAUUCGCGCACCUCGGAGGUUCCAUUCGACCCUUGUAUCAUUUCCACAUAACUUAUUCGCA